AUGUCACUCAUAUUAUCAGAUCUUUCAUUAUUUUGUCCGAAUAAUGAAAAGUCAGUGGAUGAUAAUCCUCAUGCUGAAUUAGAAAAUCAAGAUUUGUGGAAGGCUUUCUCGGAUAUUGGAACGGAAAUGGUUAUCACGAAAGUUGGAAGACGAAUGUUCCCAAUCUUGCGAGUGAAAUUGAGCGGAUUAGACAAGAAAAGCAAGUACAUCGUGAUGGUCGAAUUGGUUCCAUCGGAUCGUUAUCGAUAUAAAUUCACAAAUGGAGAAUGGGCUGUAUCUGGAAAAGGGGAUUUACAAUCAGUCAGAGCUCCGAUCGUUCAUCCAGACUCACCUCAAUACGGAGAUUCGUGGAUGACGAAUGGAGCAUCUUUCAAGAUUUUAAAGUUGUCGAAUGAUCCGUAUAAUACAAGUGGACAUACUUAUCUCAACUCCCUCCACCGUUACUAUCCACGAAUUCAUAUUGUUCGAUGUGACUCCUUCGACAAAAUUAUCAUUUCAAGCUUCAAGACGUUUCACUUCAAAUAUACAGAUUUCAUUGCUGUAACUGCUUAUCAGAAUGAUGAGAUUACAAAAAUAAAAAUUGCAAACAAUCCAUUUGCCAAAGGAUUUCGACCGGAGAACAAGGAGCGAGCAAAGAGAAGAAUUCGGAUUUCCGAAGUCCCUCCGUCCUCAGAAGUUGAAGAGCCAUCAACGAAAAGGUUAAAAAUCAAAGAACCUGCUCCCGUUGCCGAACCUCCAUCUCCUAUUCCGACAGUGCCAGUUGAAAUGUUGGCUCAAUGGCAACUGGCAAUAAUGUCCUCGUUUGGAGGAGUUCAAACUGCUCUCCCGAGUUCUGAGGCCAAGGAAGAAACUGCUGUUGUUGUUCCUGUUCCAGUAAAGAAGAUUGGAUUUGGUGUCAGUGAUUUGCUGGGAACCUCUUCUUGA